GGCAGACCUGCAGAGGAACUGUCAGCCUCCAGUACCUUCGUGUACUCGUCUGAGCCAGGACCUGAGGAUUGUGGGACAACUGUGAACCUUACCAGUGUCAAUAACACCAUCAUCUAUGUUAAUGCCUCCCUGGAUACAGUAUGCUUCGAAUGUGACUACACACAAGUUUUGGGUCUCAUUAAUGAGGUGGUGUUCAGGGUGAAUAACACAGUUGUUACUUCCAACAGCACCCUGGGAAGAGUGGUGAAGAAUUUUCCACAUAAUUAUUCAGAUACACUGGUAGUGAAUGACAGUGGCAGUGUGUUCAGUACAUUCUGGGACACAAACAUACAAUGCUGUGAGAAACGUUUUUGCAAUGUGACCUAUUUCAUGGCAAAAGUAGGAGUUUUGCUCUUUAAGGUUUUCAACCCCCCAUCCAUUAUGGGGGAAACAGCGGUUACUGAAGGACGUCCACUACAUCUAUUGUGUGAUGGGUCAAACUCAGAUCCUCAACCAACUUUACAAUGGAUCUCUCCUGAUGGGAAGAUGGUCAGUGAGAGUGGGGAACUUGAUAUAGUGACUACCACCAGGAAUAUGACUGGGAUAUACACCUGUGUAGCUACUCUCCCUCGCUCCACCGCUACUAUGAUCUCCACUGUCGAUAUUAAGAUAACUCUGCCAAUUGACUGUCCAACACUGAAUUCUACGGAUACCAUGAUAUUCAACAUGAGCUCCACUGCAGUGGGCAGUACUGCUACCUAUCAGUGUAGAGAUGGUCCCACUGAUGUGUACACUACUCAGUGUACCAGUACUGGAGUGUGGGACCCUCAUCCUUAUACACUGAACUGUACUGAGUCUAAUGUGCCAGGUAGCCUGUUGUAGUUUGCAAAACAAACUACUGCUGUUUGUGCUGAUAAAACCGCAACUGUCUCUUACAAACAUGUUUACGUGCCUCACACAGGACAAACGUCUACUCUUCAACCAUGUCAAGUUGGAGUAAUAAUUCUCUCUCUCAUUGUCUUGGUUCAAACUGGUCUACUAGUGGGAGCACUUGUGAAAAUAGUACUUCUUACAAAGAAAGGAUCAGAGCAGAAGACAAGAGAAGAGAGGUUGGAGAUGGAUGUCAAUGUAGCUUAUGGAACUCCUAAAGAGAUCAUGGCACGCAGGACAAGCAAACAAACCUAAAUGAACUGACUUAUUACACACAAGAAAACAGUGUAGCUAUAACAACACAC